AAACUCAUAUCUGGAAAACAGCAUGUUUUGUGUUUGAAAGACUGAUUCACUAGCAGGUGGGACGGAGACUGUGUUUGUCACGGUAGGCGGAGUGCACACUUGCCCCAAGUGGGAGGACCUUUAAAAGUUCUUAUAAAGUGUGCUGGAUGGAGUGAACAGUGAUCUGGGAUCUUCAUCUCUAUUGCACUUCACUGCAACCGCACUGCAAUGGCACAGAACGGGACUAUAGAGAACGGGCUCGCUCGAAACGCGUGCCCUCCGCCUCUGCCUCAGCCUGUGAAAAUCCCUGAGAUUAAACACACUAAGAUUUUUAUCAAUAACGAAUGGCACACAUCAAUCAAAGGAAAGAAGUUUCCUACAAUCAACCCCGCAACAGGUGUCAAAAUCUGCGAUGUUGAGGAGGCGGAUAAAGCUGAUGUGGAUGAGGCGGUGAAAGCUGCCAAAGCGGCCGGGCAGAGAGGCUCGGAGUGGCGGCGGAUGGACGCGUCGAGCCGCGGCAGGUUACUGCACAGACCGGAUCUGCUGGAGCGAGAGCGCGCUGUGCUCGCGACUCUAGAGUCAAUGGACACUGGCAAACCCUUCCUGCAUGCCUUCUUUGUCGAUCUGGACGGCAGCAUCAAGACCCUGAGAUAUUACGCUGGCUGGACAGACAAGAUUCAUGGGAAAACCAUGCCAGUCGAUGAAAACUUUGUGUGUUUUACCAAACAUGAGCCCAUCGGUGUGUGCGGAGCAAUUAUUCCGUGGAACUUCCCUCUGCUGAUGUUUACGUGGAAGAUCGCGCCGGCUUUGGCCUGCGGGAACACGGUGGUCAUUAAACCGGCUGAACAGACCCCGCUGACGGCUCUUCACGUCGGAGCACUCGUAAAGGAGGCUGGUUUUCCACCUGGAGUCGUGAAUAUCGUACCUGGGUUUGGACCAACAGCUGGAGCGGCAAUCGCCAGUCAUAUGAACAUCGACAAAGUGGCAUUUACAGGCUCUACAGAGGUGGGCCAGCUGAUCAAAGCAGCGGCGGCCAAGAGCAACCUGAAGAGAGUGACUCUGGAGCUGGGAGGGAAGAACCCCUGCAUUGUGUUCGCUGACUCAGACCUGCAGUUGGCAGUGGAGGAGACGCAGAAGGGCUCGUUCUUCAACCAGGGUCAGGCAUGCACCGCUGCAUCACGCGUCUACGUGGAAGAGCCAGUUUAUGACGAGUUUGUGCGUCUCAGUGUCGAAAGAGCCAAAAAUAUAGCGAUCGGAGACCCUAUGGAGCCACGAACCUCACACGGGCCGCAGAUCGACCAACAUCAGUUUGAUAAGAUCCUGGAGCUGGUGGACAGUGGGAAGAAGGAGGGGGCGACGCUGGAGUGCGGAGGCUGUGCGGUGAAGGAUAGAGGUCUGUUCAUCCAUCCCACCAUCUUCUCUGAUGUCAAAGACCACAUGCGUAUCGCCAAAGAAGAGAUCUUUGGGCCGGUUCAGUGCAUCAUGAAGUUUAAGACUCAGAAGGAGGUGAUCGACAGAGCCAACAGCUCACAGUACGGCCUGACAUCGGCCGUCUUCACGCGGGACGUCCAUCGCGCCAUGAGCGUGUCUGCGGCGCUGGAGGCUGGAACCGUCUGGGUGAACUGCUACAACGCCUUACAUGCUCAAGCGCCGUUUGGAGGCUUCAAGAUGUCAGGAAACGGCCGAGAGCUGGGUGAGUAUGCGUUGGCAGAGUACACCGAGGUCAAAGCCAUCACUAUCAAACUCAGCGAGCAGCUGACACUGUGAUCUGAGGCUGAUCUGGCAACCAACGGAUGAAGAAACUCUGGCUUUACCAUCAGUCUCACUUCAGCUCCUUUCUGUUUAUUUCAUGUAGAUGUGCUGUACAGAUUGAAAAAAAAAAUUGUGUUUUUUAUUUGUAUUUAAUUUGGAUGUUUUAAUAUCAGGCAAAGUCAACCAUCAUCUCUCAGUAUUUACUAAUAUAUAUAUAUAUAUAUAUAUAUAUAUAUAUAAUAUAUAUAUAUAUAUAUAUAUAUAUAUAUAUAUAUAUAUAUAUCCGUGUUAAGUACCUACAUUUCAUGUAGUUCUUUUGCUAAACCAUUCUCACAUCCACACAGGCUUUGCUUCUUUUGUUUUGGAGGUUCAGUUCAUCUUCAAGGUUUUAAAGGUCUCCUGUCAUGGCAGCUAAAAACUAAAUAUGUUACCAAGAUUAGUCUUUUUUGUGUAAAAAUCACGUUUCUGAUCACAUUUUUUAAAUAAUCCUGAAAUCCAUCUUAAACCUGAGGUUUAAAUUAAAUUAAGGCAUUUCUGCUCUACUAGUGUCACCGAACAGAACUGCAGAAAUGAUGUAAGUGUUACUACAUUGGCUUUGUGAUGCUGAAUGUAAACUGAAUUGAUGAAUACAUUUCUGCACUGUAUAUGUACAGUGUGUUGCCCUGCAUAUAUUAAUGUAUAAUUAGAAUUAAAAGUGAAUUCCUUUUCUAAAUGUACAUACACAUCAUAUGACAGGUGAAUCAAUGUAAUUGCUUAAAAUAUAUUGUUUACUUUGACUUAUUAAAUAGCUAUUGAUUUUUUUUUUAAAAGCUGGGUCUGAAUCAGUGAAUAAAUAAAUAAAAAUCCA